AUGAAGCCGAAAUUCUGGACGCACUGUCAAGUACAAGGAGAGAAAGAUGUAGUCGAAAACUGUAGAUGCAACUAUGAAGCUCCGAUCCACUCCCAGCGAGCUCAGGGCCAUGCGAUCCGAGUUCCAAGAAAGGUGGAAUACUACGAGAAUAGCCCUGAUAAAGCGAUCGUGAUUAUCGCCGAGAUAGCUGAAUUUGCCAGAGAUCUAUCUCAAAUGCCCAAGCGGAACUAUACCGCAGCAUGUUAUUUUACGUUCUAUUCCAUCUCAAUAGGUCAAAUGCACAUCGGGCCCGGGGCCUAUCCACACAUGCAUCCUGUUGGCAUCGCCACGUUGCGACUGGGCUACAAGAAAACGCGCGAAUUGUUCCAACGUAUGCUAGCCCUCAGAGGAGAAUACGUCUCACUCCAUCCCGCUUGUUCAAGCAAUAGUCAGGCUUCGUGUGGGGAGGCAUCUGGUCCAGUGCAUACGAUCGCUCCGGAGGCUGCAUACAACAAAGAGGACGACGCAGCUAUAGAUACCUUUCAUUGA